GCACAAAGCGAGGCAAGUUUUACUAUUUGGCAAAAAUCACAGUCUUACUUUUUCACAAAAGCUACACUUAAUUCACACCAACGAAGAUUGUUUUGUAAGUAACAAGUGUUUCAAAUACAUACACAUGAUUAUUUUAUCAAUAACAAGUGUUUUUGAUACACAAACAUGAGUUUAUAAAUUACAAAUUGUCCAUGAUAGUGCUAAUAGCGUCGUAUCAUCCCUCCUCAAUACUCCUAAGGCCUAGCUUCAAGAUUAAACACAAUUACAAUCUAACAAGAGAAUUUUAUUUUUCUUAUCCUUAAUUCAACAAUUCUAUAAAACUCUACUUCUUUGUUUUGAUUUGCAUAUUAAUAUUGGAGAUUAUACAGUACAUUCAAGGCUAUUCGUUUUGUUUUACAUUUUUCACGUUUUGCUCAUUAUAGUUUACAGCAUGGUGUACAAUAUAAAUUUCAAGUUUUAUAUAGAGAUGUUUUGUAGCUUUCUUAACUAAAUGUGUGAAAGUUAGAUGUAACGAUCCAAUCUCUUAAAUUUAGAUAAAUGAUUAAUGUUAUUCUACAAGAUAGAUAGUGUUGUGUCUAGUCGUAUUCUUUCUGUUAAAAGUAUAGUUGGGGAUUUUGGUCCAACCUAACUCAAUUAUACCCCAAUUAUAAGUUUAUAACACUCAUUAUUGGUUUGCUUGUGGUUUUUGUGUUUGAUACAACGUUAAUCAAGAUUUGUCAUGGUUGUAAUUAACACAUUAAGUAAUCUACUUCAAGUCUUCAAUGAUGAUACUUACCUAACCUAAACAAGGUUAGUCAUAUAAAUUCUAAGAUCUAGAUCAAAAUCUUAUCUUAGCUUCCGUUACAUUACAAAAUAAACCAAAAAUUUUAAUUCUCAAUCUGCUAAAUACAAAAACUCUUCAAAGUUUUUUUUAUUGUUCAUAUUGUAUAUGGUCAUAGUUCUAAUUUUAACCUUCUUUGACGAUUCACAUGUAAAAAAAAAUACUAUUCUAAAAUAAAAAGAACGUUUGAUUUAUAAAUUAGAUAGGGCAAGUAUGGAUGAUAUUAUAGUGCUAUUAGCAUCACCUCCGAUCUCAAAGGUCUUAUGAUUGAGUCUCACCCCUUUUACAAAUGAUUCCUAAAUUCCACAUACUUGCAACAAACUCUAACUUGCCCUAAAAAAACAGAAAACAAACUUGAUGGGGUGAACUAUUGUUUAGAAAUAGAAUAAGAAAACAAAAGAUCACAUAAUACAUAAUAACUAGUCAUUCGUCCUGGGCUAUGCCCCGGAUAAGGAAAAUUUUCAUUUAUUAAUAUUAUACUUUAAGAUGAUAACACUCAAUGUUAUUUGGUCGAGUGGUUAAGACUUUCAUAUAUGUUCUUGAGGUUUCGGUAUCAAAUCUUAUAGUAUGCAAUUUCUAAUUUUUUUUAUUGUCCUUUUUUACAUGGAGCAAAAGGACCUUAGGGAGAGUGUCACGUGACACCGUUUCUUAUUUAUGUACGCCUUUUAAUAUAUUUGUAUAUAUAGAUAGAUAUAAUCGUAUCCAAAUCCAUUGGCCUUUAAUAGAAUAUGACCCAUUGAUACAAGUAUACAACCCUAUUCACAAGCUCUUGUUCCUUUUGCACCAAACAAAUUUACACAAAACCUUUUGUUUCUUUCCCCUCACAUUUUCAUUUUUAUAAAAUGUCUCAAAUUCUCAAUCAUUAGUUUUUUUCAAAUUAAAAAACACCACGUCGUGGGAAUUUUUUGGACUCAUACAAACAACAACAUCACACCUUCCUUUUCGUCUUCUUUCCAACACUCACUUACAUGUUUUUCAAAUUUUGACUUCCCUCUAUCACACGUCGUCGUUUUAUCCCCCACCAUCUCCUCUUCAAAACUCUCCCUUUUACUUUAAUUCUCUCUCCUCAAAAAAAAAAAAAUACCCCCAAAAAAUGAAAACAAUCUUCUUCUUCCUCUUAAUUUUCUCUCCUCUCUUAGUUAACACAACAACCUCUGACUCGCUCACUUUCAUCCGAGCCAACUCAACGAUUCACAGCCCGAACCUAACUUUUGAACUAGGUUUCUUCACUCCGAACCUAGAAGUAGGUAACAUUUACUUAGGAAUAUGGUACGGGUCUCUUCCGACCCGAACUUAUAUUUGGGUAUGCAACCGUCAUACUCCAUUAAAAGACCUUUCUUCAGCUUCACUUUCUCUCUCCUUUGACCAACUUACAGUCUCUGACUCUGUUAACUUCGUUGUUUGGCGUUCUGACAACCUCGUACCUGCUUCCCACCUCCGUCUACUGGACUCAGGCAACCUCGUACUUCUCUCUCCUGAUAACGACGUCGUUUGGCAGAGCUUUGACCAUCCUACCGACACGUGGCUACCUGGUAUGAACUUGACUUUGAGAAGCUCCUUAACUUCGUGGAAGUCAUUGUGGGACCCUUCACCUGGGAGGUAUUCUCUGCGGUUGAGUCCACCGGAGUACGGUGAGAUUGAGCUUGUUUAUAACAAUACGGUGUCGUAUUGGAUUACAGGGAACUGGACUGGUACUUCCUUCUCGAAUGUUCCGGAGAUGACGGUUAUGUACAUUUACAGGUUUUAUUUUAAUGGUGCUUUUAGUCAAAACGCGUCGUUUGGGUUCUCGGAGGUUGCGCCGGCGGCGGCGGACGGUGGGCCCCUUCCGCUUACUAGGUUUCAGGUGGUCCCCUCUGGUGAGCUCCGGCAGUACACGUGGUCCCCGCAGACGGAGUAUUGGAACUCCUUCUGGGCCCGGCCCGAGGCCCAGUGUAGGGCCUACGGGCUAUGCGGCCCGAACGGGGUUUGCUACGGCGAGGGGUUGAGGGUGUGCGGGUGCCCGCCGGGUUUUGGGCCGGCGGAUGGGUUUGGGUGGGGUUUGAAGGAUUACUCGGGCGGGUGCCGGAGAUUAGGAGAGAGUGUGUGUGGGGAGGAUGAUGGGUUUGUGGAGGUGGGGAGUAUGAGUUUCGAAGGGGCGAAAGCGGUGUCGAUUCGAGGUGUGGUGAGUAAGGGUGAGUGUGAGAAGGGUUGUUUGGGUUUAGGUAAUUGUUCUUGUGUUGGGGUGGUUUACAAUGAGAGGAUUAAUUUGUGCAAGUAUGUAUAUGGGAGUUUGAUUAAUUUGAGGAAUUUGACUGCUGAUAAUACUAUGGGUGGUGAAGAUGAGGUAUUGUAUCUUAGAGUAGGGAAAAAUGGGUUGAAAAAGAAGGGUUUGAGUAGUAAGAUGGUGGUUUUGAUUUGUGUGGUUUUUGGGUUAUUGGCAAUUUCAGUGAUUGUGUGUUUGGUUUUAUGGGUUGUAAGAAAGGAAUUAAGGAGGAGGAGAUUAGAGGAAGAAGAGGCAGUUUUAGCUGCAACUCAUUUGAAGGUGUUCUCGUAUAAGGAGCUUCAUGGGGCGACCCGUGGAUUCUCCGAGAAGUUGGGGCAUGGUGGGUUUGGAACUGUGUUUCGUGGCACAUUGUCGGAUUCGUCUCAUGUGGCGGUCAAACGGCUUGAGCGACCGGGUAGUGGUGGGGAGAAGGAGUUCCGGGCUGAGGUUUGCACUAUUGGGAAUGUUCAGCAUGUGAAUUUGGUUAGAUUAAGGGGGUUUUGCUCUGAGAAUUCUCAUAGGCUGUUAGUUUAUGAGUACAUGCAUAAUGGUCCUUUAAGUGGAUAUUUGAAGAAAGAUGGCCAGAAUAUGAGUUGGGAUGUUAGAUUUAGGGUGGCAAUUGGGACUGCGAAAGCCUUGGCUUAUUUACAUGAAGAAUGUAGACAAUGUAUUAUUCAUUGUGACAUCAAGCCUGAGAAUAUCCUCCUUGAUUCGGAUUAUACUGCAAAAGUUUCGGAUUUUGGGCUUGCAAAGUUAAUAGGCCGCGAUUUUAGUAGGGUAUUAGCAACAAUGAGGGGAACUUGGGGGUAUGUUGCUCCGGAAUGGAUUUCUGGAGUGGCAAUUACUAACAAGGCAGAUGUUUAUAGCUAUGGAAUGACAAUGUUGGAGCUUAUUGGGGGUAGAAGAAAUGUGGAAGCACCGCCUCCCUCACCACCUAAUAAUGGUGGGUUUGAUGGGACCCACGGCAGUGGUGGAACCCGUGGUACUGGUGAUACAGGUAGUGGUGAUAAGUGGUUCUUCCCACCUUGGGCAGCUCGGAGAAUAAUCGAGGGAAACAUGGGAGAGGUGGUAGAUCAGAGGCUUGGUGUGGCAUAUGAUAGAGUGGAGGCAGAGAGGCUAGGGAUGGUGGCUGUGUGGUGCAUACAAGACGAGGAGGGGGCAAGGCCGUCAAUGGGAAUGGUGGUGAAGAUGUUAGAAGGGGUAGUAGAAGUUGGUGUUCCGCCACCUCCUAAACUUCUUCAAGCUUUGGUUGCUGAGAACUCUUUUGUUGCGGCUGAAACUGAGAACUCUUUUGGUGGAUUUGGUCCUGAUGAUAAUAGCAUUAGAGUUUCUGUAGAUUCUGUAUCAUCUCAUUCUUCUAGCAAAGCUGCUUCAUUUGUUACAAAUGCAAGUGUAUAAUUUGUUUUACAGAUGUGUGAUCUAAAGAAAUUAAUGCAACAAGUUACCAGGGUAUCAUUUCAGAUA